GUGUGUGAGAAAAAGAGAGAGAGAGAGAGGGGGAGAGAGACAGAGGUAUAGCUGUGGAUGGUGGAGGGACGCAGCAGGGCUCCAUCCAUCCUCCGGCUCCGUCAGGACUCUUCAUCCCGCUCACCGACCGCCUCGUUCGGACACUUUUCCGAGCGGCAGAGACGCCGACGGCCGCGCGUCUCCAGUUCCUGCGCAGUUCGCAGACAGGUGGAGGAGGGGGUGAGGAGCGGGUGAGGAGGUGGUGUCACCCACGGCUCGGCUCUCAGUUUUCGCUCUCCUCCCCGCCGCCGCCUUCGCGUCUCCGGGCUUUGAGGAAACUAACUGAAGGUGUGACGCGGAUCCGCAGGUGCGCUCAGGUCCGGAUCCUCCGCCGCGUCUCCGGGAUGUGACCGCGGCUGGGCGGGUUUAGUGUGAGUGGCUGGAGGAGUUCACGGAGCGCUUCUUCUUCUUGUUCUUUUCCUUCUUCUUCUUCUUCUUCUUCUUCUUCUUCCCACUGAUGCUGCGCUUUUCCUCUUUGUUUCUGGAAUGGGAGCAACAAGCGGCAGAGUGCAGCAGCGGCAGCGGCAGCAGCGGCGGCGGCUCUGCGCUCUCCUGACGCGGACAACGCGCUGCUGAAGCCUCGGUGCGGGUGCUGGAGCUCCACCUGCGGAAUUACUGCGUCCUGAGCGGGUGUGUGCGCGCGUGUUUUGCUUCAUUUCUGGGAAUGAACUGUUGGAUUUCUGAAACUCUCCAGAGAAGCGCGGCGGUUCUGCGUGUUCCGAAUCCGGUCAUGGCCAGCAGGCGCUCCGGUAGACCCCCCCAGCUGCUCCGCUUCCUGUGGCUGCUCCAAGCCCUCCUGGACCUGGCCGGCUCCCAGGAGAUUUACGCGCCGCACUCGAUCCGGGUGGAGGGCGACGUGACGCUGGGGGGGCUGUUCCCGGUGCACGCCAGGGGGGUCCCGGGGAUGCCGUGCGGGGACAUCAAGAAGGAGAACGGCAUCCACCGGCUGGAGGCGAUGAUGUACGCGCUGGACCAGAUCAACGGCGACGAAGAGCUGCUGCCCAACGUGACCCUGGGCGCGCGGGUCCUGGACACCUGCUCGCGGGACACGUACGCGCUGGAGCAGUCGCUGACGUUCGUGCAGGCGCUGAUCCAGAAGGACACGUCGGACGUCCGCUGCACCAACGGGGAGCCGCCGGUGUUCGUGAAGCCCGAGAAAGUUGUUGGGGUGGUCGGCGCGUCCGCCAGCUCCGUGUCCAUCAUGGUGGCCAACAUCCUGCGGCUCUUCCAGAUCCCACAGAUCAGCUAUGCAUCCACGGCCCCAGAGCUCAGCGACGACCGGCGGUACGACUUCUUCUCCCGGGUCGUCCCUCCGGACAGCUUCCAGGCCCAGGCGAUGGUGGACAUCGUGAAGGCCAUGGGCUGGAACUACGUCUCCACAGUGGCCUCAGAGGGCAGCUAUGGGGAGAAGGGGGUGGACGCCUUCAUGCAGCUGUCCAGAGAAGCAGGUGGAAUCUGCAUCGCUCAGUCCCUGAAGAUCCCUCACGACCACAAACCGUCCGACUUUGAUAAAAUCAUCCGCCUGCUGCUGGAGACCCGCUACGCCCGGGCGGUCAUCCUGUUCGCCUCCGACGAAGACAUCAGGGGUGUCCUGAACGCCAGCAAGCGAGCCGACCAGGUGGGUCACUUCCUGUGGAUCGGCUCUGACAGCUGGGCCAAAAACAGUCCCAUCAACCAGCUGGAGGAAGCCGCCGUCGGAGCCAUCACCAUCCUGCCGAAGAGAGCCACCAUCAGCGGCUUCGAUGCGUACUUCACGUCGCGGACUCUGGAGAACAACCGCAGGAACGUGUGGUUCGCCGAGUAUUGGGAGGAGAACUUCAACUGCAAACUGAUGAGCUCCUCCAAGAAGGACGACAGCAGCAGGAAGUGCACAGGUCAGGAGCGGAUCGGCAUCGACUCCAAGUACGAGCAGGAGGGGAAGGUCCAGUUCGUGAUCGACGCCGUCUACGCCAUGGCCCACGCCCUCCACAACAUGCAGCGAGACCUGUGUCCAGAAAACUCCGGCAUCUGCCCCGAGAUGGACCUGGCCGGGGGCAAGAAGCUGCUCAAGUACAUCCGCAGCGUCAGCUUCAACGGAAGUGCUGGUACUUCGGUGACGUUCAACCGUAACGGCGACGCUCCCGGACGCUAUGAUCUGUUUCAGUACCAGUGGAACAACGUGAGCGGACCAGGAUACCGUGUGAUUGGACAGUGGACGGAGACGCUGCAGCUCAACAUGGAGGACAUGCAGUGGCCUCGGGGCGAGCAGGACGUUCCCACCUCCGUCUGCAGCCUUCCCUGUAAAGCCGGCGAGAGGAAGAAGGUGGUGAAGGGCAUGCCGUGCUGCUGGCACUGCGAGCCCUGCGACGGCUACCAGUACCAGCCGGACGAGUUCAACUGCAAGCUGUGCUCCUACAACAUGAGGCCCAGCGCCAACCGCUCGUCCUGCCAGCCCAUCCCCAUCAUCAAGCUGGAGUGGCACUCUCCGUGGGCCGUGAUCCCCGUCUUCCUGGCCAUGCUGGGCAUCAUCGCCACCAUCUUCGUCAUGGCCACGUUCGUACGCUACAACGACACGCCCAUCGUCCGGGCGUCGGGCCGCGAGCUGAGCUACGUCCUCCUGACCGGAAUCUUCCUGUGCUACAUCAUCACCUUCGUCAUGAUCGCCAAGCCGGACGUCGGCGUCUGCUCCUUCAGGAGGAUCUUCCUCGGCCUCGGCAUGUGCAUCAGCUACGCCGCCCUGCUCACCAAAACCAACCGCAUCUACCGGAUCUUCGAACAGGGCAAGAAGUCGGUGACGGCGCCGCGGCUGAUCAGCCCCACCUCGCAGCUGGCCAUCACCUCCAGCCUGAUCUCGGUGCAGCUGCUGGGGGUUCUGGUGUGGUUCAGCGUGGAUCCGCCCAACACCAUCGUGGACUACGACGAGCAGAAGACCAUCAACCCGGACCUGGCGCGAGGCGUGCUGAAAUGCGACAUCACGGAUCUGCAGAUCAUCUGCUCGCUGGGUUACAGUAUCUUGCUGAUGGUGACGUGUACUGUUUACGCCAUAAAGACCCGCGGCGUCCCCGAGAACUUUAACGAGGCCAAACCCAUCGGCUUCACCAUGUACACCACCUGCAUCGUGUGGCUCGCCUUCAUCCCCAUCUUCUUCGGCACGUCGCAGUCAGCGGAGAAGCUCUACAUCCAGACGACCACGCUGACCAUCUCCAUGAACCUGAGCGCGUCCGUCGCCCUCGGGAUGCUCUACAUGCCCAAAGUCUACGUCAUCAUCUUCCACCCGGAGCUCAACGUGCAGAAGAGGAAGCGGUCCUUCAAGGCGGUCGUCACGGCGGCCACCAUGUCCACCCGGCUGUCCCACAAAGCCAGCGACCGGCCCAACGGCGAGGCCAAGACGGAGCUGUGCGAGAACGUCGACCCCAACAGUCCAGCAGCCAAGAAGAAAUAUGUGAGCUACAACGACCUUGUGAUCUAAUGGCAUUCCUCCAUCAGACUGCAGAGAGAGCGAUGACGGCGGGAGAUGUCUGGUCUCCUGCCCUGCUGGCUAAAAACAAGAAACCGGAGAAAAAAAUAGACGGACGGAAGGAUGUUUUUUUUAUUUUAAAAGUUUCGUGUGCUUCACUGCCCGCCAGAGACUGAGAAGCAAAGCCUGCUGGGACUUUUUCCUUUCAGACACUCACUCGGUCGAAGAGAAAGCAAAGAGACGGAGGCGCUUUUAAAAGAGAAAAAACACACAGAAGGCGAGGAAGAUGAAAAAAAUAACCUGCUGGUGGGAGCCGGCGGUCGUGUUGCAGCCUCCAGGUGGCGCUCGGCGGCGCUGACGGGUUUCCACGCCGAUGAUGUCAAACGAAGCAGCCGACCACGAGCCCGCCCGCCUCCCCUCGUCUCUUUACGUACUUCCAAACUGCAAGUUUUCCAACCUUCCUGUCAACCCGUGUGCUGGUCUUUAUGGCGUUACGUCGGCCUCCUCCGGUCGGUCCGGUUGCUUUCGUUUGCGAUGGUUCUGGUUCUGUUUUGCUUCUUGGAUGCACAAAGUUUUUUUUGUUAUUUUUCGUUUUUAUUAAAGCCAUAUUCUUCGCUUUGGGAUUUGGAGGGCUUUGCUCACGCUGCCAACCGGACUCUGAUUUUUGUCAUUUAAACGUCAAAAAAACCUUUAAGCAAGCAAAAAAAAUGGACGUCUGUAAAGCCACUGAAAAUUUAUUUCCUCGCAUUCUUUGCUGUGAGACGGCAGCCAUGAACAUCAUUAUUAUUAUUUUUAUUGAAAUACAUGCAGAUAACUGACCAAACCAGCAUCAAAUUUGGCAUUUAUUGGCUGCAAAUUUGGAAUGAAGUAAAAAUGGAAGCCAUUUUCCAAGAUGGCAGACAUUGGUAUCAUAUUUUUUGUAUUUUUUGGAACAUCUUUAAACUCUUUUAUCCAAUUUUUUAGGACAUUAACAUUGUUUAAGGCAUUAUUAACACCUUCAGAUUUGAUUCUGGCAACAGAAAGCUUCUACAAACCUUUUAAAGUUUAGUAAAAUCUCAUGAAGUCAAAGUCAUAAAGUACAAGAAGAACUUGACAUGAUUAAAACUCUGUAAAAUAAUUACUAUUCACUGAGAAAAGCUCUGAAAAAAUCAUCUAAUUUAAAAAUGCAGUUAUUGUAGAUUGUAGACUGAAGGCUCUAUUGGACGUUGUUCUGUUAAACAUCAACUAAUAACUGAUCUGAUUCUAAAAUUAUUUGGAUGUGACCAAAUCAGAGCUAAAAAUAAUAAAAAUUAAUUGAACUUUUUAAAUUGGAGUCUGGUUUGAUGACGGUUCCUCCUCGAGCUAACUAUUAUUUUAAGGAUUAAUCGGCCGGCUGUUUGGUCUGUAAGAUGUCAGAAAACUGUGAAAAACGUCCAUCAGUGUUUCCAAAAGCCAAAAAAUGUACAGUUUACUGUCAUAGAGGAGGAAAGAAACCAGGAAAUAUUCACAUUUAAGACGCUGCAGUCACAGAAUUUAGACGUGAAACUAAUGAACAGAUCAUCAGUUAUUGCAGCUUUAGUGUUUAAAACCUUUGCUGCACUUGGACUUCACAGUAAGCAGAGAAACCAGCAGUUACACUCCAAUAACUGACUCCUCUCAGUGUUCACACCAUUUUUAGGUUCAUGAUCCAAACCCAGCUUUCAGAGGCUUUAAUCGUCCAACAGGUUCCAUCCAAACUCGUAGCAUUUUCUUGGAAAUCCAUCAUUUUUUUUCCUCCGUCAGACGCUUGUAAAAACCGUCUGCGAGUCUGAAAAAGAAAAGAAAAAAGCUUGACUUUGACGGUCCGCUGGCCGUGAGCGCAGAGCCGAGAAGAAAACGAAAAAAGGUGGUGUUUGUUUGAGACGUCUGUGGUCAUUGAUGAAAGCUUUCCCAUCCCGACAUGUGUGUUCCUUCUCCACACAAACACACACACACACGACUUCUCCAGUGUUUUCUAAGUGUUUGCUGAUGAUGAUGAUGAUGAUGAUGAUGAUGAUAACGGGCUGAAUAUCCGGUGAUUUCAUGGACUGCAACCAAAAGGUGUUGAUGUCGAGGUCGUCAAUGCAUGCCUGAUAUGUUCGAUGUUGAAACCGAAUCAGAUUUAAAAAAAAAAGAGAAAAAAGCAAAACAAAAAAAGAAGUAAAAAAAAAAAGAAUCCUCACGGCACAGUCGAUUCCACCUGUCUGCUCUGAAUUGUACCGUUUCUGGUUUUCCUUUUAUUUUCCGUUCCUUUACUCGGAUUCUUUCUCACACGGCAGAAUAUGGCUUUGAUCGGUUUCUUAUUUUCCUGGAAACUUGUGGGAGAAAAAGAAGAGUAUAUAUUUAAAAAAAAAGAAAAAUACUUGUUUUGGGGGAAAAAAAACAGGAAGCAUGUAUGUUUUCUACUGUUUGUACUCAGUAUAUUCAUGUUGCCCUUGCUGCUUAUGUGCCAACGUUGUGGGAGAGAUUUACAUUUGGCCACUCAUGCAACUAUUCUGUGGUGUUGUCCAAGAAUGUAUCAACAUGAAAUAAAAACAUUUGGUUAUUUUUUUUAUAUACAA